AUGGAGCAAGCGGUUUUGGAUGACAUAAUCAAUCGGCUCCUUGAAGUUCGUAGCCGUCCCGGGAAGCAGGUUCAGUUGUCGGAGGCGGAGAUCCGUCAGCUGUGUGCGGCUGCCAGAGAGAUUUUCUUGCAGCAACCUAAUUUAUUGGAACUUGAAGCUCCUAUUAAGAUUUGUGGCGACAUACAUGGUCAAUAUUCUGAUCUUCUAAGACUUUUUGAGUAUGGUGGAUUACCUCCUCAGUCUAACUACUUGUUUUUGGGUGAUUAUGUGGAUCGAGGGAAGCAAAGUUUAGAAACAAUAUGUCUUCUCUUAGCAUAUAAAAUAAAAUAUCCUGAGAAUUUUUUUCUUUUGAGGGGAAACCACGAAUGUGCUUCUAUUAACCGUAUAUAUGGAUUUUAUGAUGAGUGUAAAAGAAGGUUCAAUGUAAGGGUAUGGAAGGUGUUUACGGAGUGCUUCAAUUGCCUACCUGUGGCAGCUCUCAUUGAUGAAAAGAUUUUGUGCAUGCAUGGCGGACUUUCUCCCGACUUACAUAAUUUGGAUCAAAUUAGAAAUUUACAGCGGCCGACUGAUGUGCCAGAUACAGGUUUGCUUUGCGACCUCCUGUGGUCAGACCCUAGCAAAGAAGUUCAAGGUUGGGGAAUGAAUGACAGGGGAGUGUCAUAUACAUUUGGUUCUGAUAAGGUCUCAGAGUUUCUUCAGAAACAUGAUUUGGAUCUUGUUUGUCGUGCUCAUCAGGUGGUGGAGGAUGGAUAUGAGUUCUUUGCUAAUCGACAGCUUGUUACAAUAUUUUCGGCACCUAAUUACUGUGGGGAGUUUGACAAUGCCGGUGCUAUGAUGAGUGUUGAUGAGACACUGAUGUGCUCUUUCCAAAUAUUAAAGCCAGCUGAUAAGAAAGGAAGGCUCACUUUCGGAAGUACAACAACUGCUAAACCAGGAAACUCUCCAGCAGGUGUAAAGUCCUUCCUUGGUGCGAAAGUAUGA